UUUUAGGUAAUGCUGAACUCUCUGACGAAGCUCUAGCGGCAUGCAACAUCUGCGCGGGCAAGUACAGAUACGUGGUGGACCCAUUGGCAUUGGAGCGGCGGCAUCCGCCCCCGUGUACGGCGGAGGCGUCGGUUACGGGCGAGGCAACACACUCCCCUCUCUCUCUCGAGCAGUCGCAAGAUGGGAAGCAGGUCUGAGGUCCCAUCCGGACCGUGAGUUUGCCGCCUGGCUUGUGCGGGGUUUGAAGUCGGGUUUUCGAAUUGGUUUCGACUACGAAGCAUACACGUGCCGAGCAGCGAGAAAAAACAUGCGGUCAGCAAAAGAGCAGGCGGAUGUCGUGAACAACUACUUGCGAGACGAGAGAGCGCAGCAUCGUGUAAUUGAUUCACUCUUUAGCGGAAGGACAGCUCAUUUCAGUCCGUUUGGGGAGAUUCCCAAACCGCGCCAACCAAGCAAAUGGAGACUAAUCUUGGACCUCUCUUCUCCUCACGGUCACAGUGUCAACGGCGAUAUAGAUCCACAUCUCUGUUCGCCGUCGUAUUCACGAGUCGAUGAUGCGGCGACGCGGAUCUUAGCGUUGGGGCGAGGAACGCUUCUGACAAAGAUGGACAUCCAGAGCGCUUACCGGCUAAUUCCAGUACACCUGGACGACUGUCAUCUGCUUGGUAUGCGCUGA